CACUUUUCACUCUCUCUCUGUCUCUCUCUCACACACACACACACACACACAAACUCAAUCAUCAUUUCACCAUGGGCAACUUUGCUGCCAACGAGGGACUUUCGGUCUUUGUCAUUCUGGUAUGGCUGGGAAUCAACGCUUACCUGUUUGUCCAGUUCUACAUGAACUUCCUGACUGAGAGAUGGUUCUACACACGGGUCCUUCUCGGGGAUGCCCUCUCCUGGGCCAGGGCUCCUGCAGCCUGUCUCAACUUUAACUGUAUGCUUAUUCUGCUGCCAGUCUGCCGGAACCUUCUGUCCUUCCUGCGCGGCUCCAUUCAGUGUUGCAGUCGCACAGCUGCUCGACAACUGGACAGAAACAUCACCUUUCAUAAGCUGGUAGCUUACAUGAUAGCAUUUCACACAGCGGUCCACAUCAUCGCCCACCUGUUUAACUUUGAGUGGUUCAUGGGAGCCCAGCUGUACAGGAACAGCAGCUCUCUGCCCUUUGUGCUGUCCCAGAUUGGCACCGGAGACAAUGCCUCCUACCUAAACCCCAUCAGGACUGACCAGACCAACCCAACCAUAGUGAUGUUCACUACCAUCGCGGGUUUAACGGGCGUGGUCAUCACCUUGGCCCUCAUCCUCAUCAUUACAUCAUCCAUGGAGGUCAUCCGCAGGUCAUACUUCGAGGUUUUCUGGUACACCCAUCACCUCUUCAUCAUCUUCUUCAUCGGACUCGUCUUCCACGGCUUCGGGCGAAUUGUCCGAGGGCAGACCGCUACAAGUCUCCUGGAGAACAAGCCAUCGCAGUGUGCAGAUCAGUUUGAGUCAUGGGGAAAGAACGGGACCUUUUGCCCUGAGCCAGAGUUUGCUGGGAACCCUCCUAUGACAUGGAAGUGGGUGGUGGGGCCUAUGAUCUUGUAUGUGUGUGAGAGACUGGUCCGAUUCUACCGCUCCCAACAAAAGGUGGUCAUCACCAAGGUGGUGAUGCACCCGUCCAAGACCCUGGAGCUCCAGAUGAAGAGGAAGGGCUUCAGGAUGGAGGUCGGCCAGUACGUCUUCAUGCAGUGUCCCUGCGUCUCCCAGCUGGAGUGGCAUCCCUUCACCCUCACCUCCGCCCCCGAGGAGGAUCACUUCAGCGUCCACAUCCGUAUCGUGGGCGACUGGACCCAGGGCCUGUACGAGGCCUGCGGGGGGGACAAGAACGAGACCCAGGAGGCAUGGAAACUGCCCAAAAUGGCGAUAGAUGGCCCGUUUGGUACGGCCAGUGAGGACGUGUUCGGCUAUGAGGUGGUCAUGCUGGUGGGUGCUGGCAUCGGGGUCACCCCCUUCGCCUCCGUCCUCAAGUCAGUCUGGUACAAACACAUCCAGGAGAACCAGAAUGUCUUCACCAAGAAGAUCUACUUCUAUUGGCUGUGUCCUGAGACCCAGGCGUUUGAGUGGUUUGCUGACCUGCUGCAGUCUCUGGAGGGACAGAUGACAGAGAAAGGCAUGGUGGACUUCCUCAGCUACAACAUCUACCUGACCCGUUGGAAAGAAACCGAGGCUGCUCACUUCAGAGUUCACCAUGAGGCAGAGAAUGACCCUAUCACAGGGCUGAAGCAGAAGACUCUGUAUGGGAAACCUAACUGGGACAAUGAGUUUACUACUAUUGGGACAAAGCAUCCAGAGAAAAAAGUAGGAGUGUUCCUGUGCGGUCCCACCCAGCUGGCUGACGUCUUGGAGAAGCAGUGCCUGUCUCACUCUGAGGCUGGUGUCAAGUUCAUCUUCAACAAGGAGAACUUCUGAGACCCCAACACCCCUCCAAGAGCACCAAUUAUUCCUACUUUAUCAAAGUUAGCUUUCAAUAUUGCCCAGACCCAGAGUAUCCUCUGGCUUGUAAGCUGUUUCACAUUCCUAAACUGUUGUGUUGUUAUCCCCAACAUAAACAAUCAAUUAUUUUUUUAUGGAUUCUUUAAACUUAAGUGCCCUUAUCUCACACAAGUUUAUCAGAUCAUAGCAACAAAAAUGGAAGUAAACUUCACUGUUCUAAUGAUCAUGACCUUCCACACCCCUCCUCAGUGACAUUUCACAAUAGGUUUCUUGCACUAAUCUGUGAAGAAAUGACCAAACCUACCCGCAUUACCACAGAGGCCAGAACGUUAUUCUUGUUCUGCAAUACAACAUGCAAACACAGAAACUCUAGUGUCAAAACUCUCUAGUUCCACUUCCUCCUGUUUCUGGUGUUGUAUUUACAAGUUUGUAUAAGCAAAAUAACAUGCAUAAAGUUUACUUCAUUUAAAAUAAUAUUUUCUUUUCACUGCACCAGGGAUAGUCUACCAGACAUUUUGCCUUUGCAGCUUUCUUCAGUGUGUAGGUACAGCAGACGUUUGUCUAAAAUGAAAAUGAGCAGCAACAAAAACCUGUUUGGGAUGUGAUAUACUAGUUACCCCAGCUGCAGCUUCUCCUGCUGGACUCAAUAGCAGCUGAUCAUGUGAUGUAAAAUAAUGUACAUAAUAAACACUGCUUUUCCUCACCCUAUAUCAAGGAAGUGGGACAACAGGACAAAUAUAAGCACCCACCAAAAUGAUUAUUUAUUCAUUACAAGUAAAGCCAACAUUAUAGUUGGAACAUUGGUAUCGUAAGGUAGCAGCUUUGAAGACAAGCUGUCAUAAUAGGAAGAUUUCAACUGAUGCAUUUAAAGUCAAUGAAUAAAGUGUCUUUGGGGUGGACAGCAUUUCAGCCCAUCCAGAGCAUUUCAAUAGAUGCAUUAAAUAGGUCAAUGGAACGCAGACCGUGGGGAUAGAAGGACGCAGGAUUGGCACACAUUCAACAAAUCUGAUCUAACAUUGUAACGGGCCCAAUGUGGUUACUAAAGUUCGAUUUGGAUAUAUUUGGCUGUUUUCACUGCAUAACAUUUAGAAGUUGUCCCUUUUCAGGUUUAGAAGAAGUGUCCGCUAAAUGCUAACUCCCAUUCCUAUAAGCUGGUAGCAUAGCUAGCAUACAGAAGUCAGUGGUGGUCGUCAGUCGGUUUUUCUUCUAGUAUUACAUUGUUUUUGAUUAUUGCAUUGUUGGCUUUUGAGUUUGCAAUAAAGGCAUUUCACUGUA